AUGUCGAGCGAAUCCCUUAGCCCAGGCUCCUCGGUUGAAUCACCCGCCCAGGCUCAUCUUGCCAACUCUCCGGGAGUGUGCACUGGGGAACAAGCUCGCACCCAGCCCCCACCCGGUGCUAUCGCUGUCGACGCUUCUGGUAUGUACAGCGGCAGCUACAAGACUGUAGCGGAGGGCGUGACACACAUCCCCAACACGACGGACGAGCAUACUCUCUUCGUGUUCCCAGGCGUCUAUCACGAACAAGUGGUGGUUCCGAAGCUCAAUGGUCCUCUGGUGCUGCAGGGUUACACCUGCGACACGAUGUCGUAUGCUGCCAAUGAAGUGACCAUCACCCAGGCGAAGUACUAG